UUAAGAAUUUUACUCUUGGUAGGUCUCAGUAGCUCGGGCGGCGGGAGGGGUGGCAGCGGCCAGGCAGCCCAGUUUCGCGGAGGCUCUCGGCGCGCCACGGCCCGCAGGCACCCGGCACGCGCCCUGCCUGCCGCCAGGAUACCCAAGAGGAAGGUCAGCUCCGCCGAAGGGGCCGCCAAGGAAGAGCCCAACAGGAGAUCGGGGCGGUUGUCAGCUAAGCCUCCUGCAACAGUGGAAGCGAAGCCGAAAAAGGCAGCAGCGAAGGAUAAAUCUUCAGACAAAAAAGUGCAAACAAAAGGGAAAAGGGGAGCAAAGGGAAAACAGGCUGAAGUGGCUAACCAAGAAACUAAAGAUUUACCUGCAGAAAAUGGGGAAACGAAAACUGAGGAGAGUCCAGCUUCUGAUGAAGCAGGAGAGAAAGAAGCCAAGUCUGAUUAAUACCAUAUACCAUGUCUUAUCAGUGGUCCCUGUCUCCCUUCUUGUACAAUCCAGAGGAAUAUUUUUAUCAACUAUUUUGUAAAUGCAAGUUUUUUAGUA